AUGAUACUAGAAGUAGGUACAACGCAUUCGACUGUCACCAAAGAUGAUGUUAUUCCAGUUAUGUUUGUGAAAUUUGACUGUUCAAAAAUUCCGGAGCACUUCUUUACCUCAACGGAGUCAGGUCAGAAACUAGAUCAAGUUAUUAAGGAUUUGGAUAGUUCAAUAAAAGACCAAACUUCUAUCAAUAAGGCUUUCGAAUCGUUCGCCGAGGUUGUCUUAUGUGAGAUGAAAGAACAUCUUCCGUCAAGAAAAGUUGUGCAUUACUCGGUGAGGAAGAAAUGUAAAUACAAGAAACAGUGGUGGAACUUGGAGUUGGCUGAUCUUUGGAAAAACCUUUGUGAAGCAGAAAGGUUAUGGUGCAAAUCUAAUGGUCCCAGGAAACAACAGUUAAAGAGUAUAUACGUUGCAAGAAGAAAAACUUUCGAUAAAGAAUGCAAACGCGCUAAACGUGUGCAUGUUAAGAAAACACUUCAAGAUAUGGAGGAACUGUGUAAAUCAGACCCUGGAGAGUUUUGGAGGAAAAUCGGGCAGGUAGGAAUUGGUAAUGAAAGGAGAAAAACGAUUCCGAUGGAGGUGAAACUAGAAGACGGGUCCGUGAGUAAAGAUAUGGACAAGGUCAUGGACACCUGGUACAAGGCAUACUCGGACAUCCUCAACUGCAAUGGAAAUAUCUCUCAGACAGGUGUAACAUAUUCUACAACUGACGAAGAUGACAGCAUGAGUGACCCUAUUUCCCAUGACGAAAUAAAAUCCGCAAUUGGGAAGGCUAAACAGGGUAAAGCGCCAGGUUUAGAUAAUAUACCAAUUGAAGUAUUAAAGAAUGAGAAGUGUGCGAGAUACAUGUAUAAUCUGUUUAAUAUUUGUUUUGAGGAAGGCUGCAUACCGUCUGAGUGGACAAAGGCUGUGAUAAACCCGAUACCGAAGUCGUCGACAGAGUAG